AUGCAAGAGGCGUCGUCGUCUUCCUCUCUUCCGGCGUUGAGCAGCGCCUACCAGCCUCUCCCGUCGCUCUACCUCGGGUUCCUGGCGAUAUGGGCGGCGUCGGGGCUCUCAUGGGCCUUCAGCUCUUGGAGGAACCGUCACUUCCAGGCUAAUAACCUCCAGUGGAUCCUGGCCUUGGUCCCCUUGAUCAAGGCUCUGCAAAUGGCACUCUCAUUUCUCUUCUGGUACUCGUGUGUCAACCUUCAGACAUGCUCGCUGUGGAUGUCGUUCGGCGUGUAUGUGACGGGGAUCCUCUUCCAGACCGCCUCCUUCGUCUCCUUCAUGCUCAUCUCGCACGGCUACUGCAUCAUGUACGAGCGACUCUCAAUCAGGGAGAGACGCACAACUGCUGGUCUCGGGUGCCUACUCUACCUCAGCCUCAUCGGUUACAAAGCAGCAGUCCCUUACUUCACAGGUUUUCUUCUGAUCAACUACUUCGCGUCGUUUUACAUCAUAUUCCGCCGGACGUCGCAAUGCCUGCUGGUUCUGCGUGAGCAGCUGAAUUUUGUAGAGGAGGAAGACAUCCAUUCACUCCAUGGAACACUGAGCACAAAGUACACAAUGUUCAAGAGAUUUCAGGGUGCAAUGCAGGUGGCAGCAGUGGCAUUCAUCAUGGUGUACAUGAGAGCUGAUGAUACGCCAGAUAACUACUGGUUCCGCGUGUUGGUCCGUGAGUGGGUUCAGUUCUGCAUCUUCAUGUACAUUGGGUGGAACUUCAGGAUCCCUGAAGCAUCACUCCAUCUGCCGGUCAUGCCCCUGAUGAAAUCAAACUGGGAGAUCGCUAUGCCCCCCAUUUACAGCGUGGAAAUGGAUGCAGCAGAUUUCAGAGGCCUCGUCUCAGAUCAAUGGCAUGUCGGAGUGAGGACUCCGUAUGCCGACUCGUGCUGUUCUUCGCAACCGUUGCUGGUGCUAGUUCAGAAUCCAAGCCCGAAGGUUUCCCGUGCCACCACAGCCAGUCAGGCGCACCUUCAGGGUUAA